CCCGGGGCGAGGAGCGGGGAGCAGCCAUGGCCCCCCCCGCCGCCCAGCCGGGGGUGCCGGGCGGCCGCGGCUCUAAGGUGCCCCCGGCGCGGAAGCUCCUGUGCAUGUGCAGCCUCUCGCUCUGCCUCACGUACCUGUGCUACAGCCUCAUGGGGGGCACCGCACCGGGCGCUCUGCGCUCCCCGGCAGCGAUCCCUGGCACGGCGACCCCGCGCUCCCCGCCCGCACUCCCCGGCACGGCUCUCCCCGGGCCCCCGCGCUCCCCCGCCGGCUUCCUGGGAGGCUCCGUCGCUCCGGACCCCUCGGCGGCCCCGGUGCGGGCCGGGAACGGCAGCCACGAACGGGCGGAGGGGGCCUGGCCGCGGACGCCGCUGGCCCCCGGGGAGGUGAUCACGGCGCAGAGCGGAGCCUUCGAGAGGGACCCGCAGGAGUCGAGCACCACGGACGAGGAGCUGAGCAGGGCUGGGAGCCCCGGAAGCCGCGGCGGCAGCAGCACCACGCCGGACUACGGGGAGAAGAGGCUGCCGCAGGCUCUCAUCAUCGGGGUGAAGAAGGGAGGGACGCGGGCGCUGCUGGAGGCCAUCCGGGCGCACCCCGACGUGCGCGCUGUGGGCACCGAGCCCCACUUCUUCGACAGGAACUACGAGAAGGGGCUGGAGUGGUACAGGAAUGUGAUGCCCAAGACGCUGGAUGGGCAGAUCACCAUGGAGAAGACCCCCAGCUACUUCGUGACCAACGAGGCCCCCAGGCGCAUCCAUUCCAUGGCCAAGGACACGAAGCUGAUCGUGGUGGUGCGGAACCCGGUCACCCGCGCCAUCUCGGACUACACACAGACCCUCUCCAAGAAGCCAGAGAUCCCCACCUUUGAGGUGCUGGCCUUCAAGAACCGGACCCUGGGGCUGAUCGAUGCCUCCUGGAGCGCCAUCCGCAUCGGGAUCUAUGCCCUGCACUUGGAGAACUGGCUCCAGUACUUCCCCCUCUCCCAGAUCCUUUUUGUCAGUGGGGAGAGGCUCAUCACUGACCCCGCUGGGGAAAUGGCCAAGGUCCAGGACUUCUUAGGCCUCAAGAGGAUUGUGACAGAGAAACAUUUCUAUUUUAAUAAAACCAAGGGGUUCCCCUGUCUGAAGAAGCCAGAGGACAGCAGUGCUCCCCGGUGCUUGGGCAAGUCCAAGGGUCGAACUCACCCCAAAAUAGACCCAGACGUCAUCCACAGACUGCGCAAGUUUUACAAACCCUUCAAUGUCAUGUUUUACCAAAUGACAGGCCAGGAUUUCCAGUGGGAGCAGGAAGAGAGCGAUAAGUAGAGCCACAAAAUCAGGACAAAAAAUGCUCUUUUCUUUUGAGGUGUAAAUCAUCAUUAGAGACCCCAAACUCACCCAGGGCUGGAGGCUCAGCAUCAUGAGCACAAGGUUCUUGUGCUGUUGGGGUUGCUGCCAAAGCCCCCUCAUGUUUCCAGCCCUGAAACCUUAGUGGCACCAAACCUUGGGUUGCACUUGGGCUCUCCCCCCUGUGACCAUGAGAAGCCAGGGGCUGGUGGGAGGAAGGAGGCAGAGGGUGCAGGACUCCUUGGGGUGUUGGGAUGCUUUGUGCCCACAUUGCGCUGCUGGUUCCCCCUCGCAGCCAGGCAAGGCAGGAGCAGCUCCUGCGGGGCUGCCUGAGCAGGAGGGUGGCCCCAAACCCAGCACAUGGAGUCAAACCCAUAGAUUUGAUUUCUUCUGUCCUGGGUUUUAGUUUUGCCCAAAGGGCAGCAUCAGAUCUGUUGAAGUCUGGGCUCGUGCAUUCAUGUGCACACUGGUGUUCAUGUGUGGAAGGAAUAAAGCCAGUUAUGCUGCAGGGGAACGAUGUACAGAAACUUCAUUUGCACCAGAUGUUCCUGUUGCACUAAAACUAGUGUUUACCAAGUGCCACAAAACACCUCGGUCUGAUUCUCCUCCAAUGAUGGGUGCAUCUCCACUGCUGGAAGGGAGCCCUUCCUCUUUGCUGGGAUGCUCAGUGAGAUCAGACCUGGGUCCUCCCCAGGACCCCCCUCCUGUGUGCUGUGCCCUGCUCUGGGGUUCGGAGGCAGGUGUUCCUGGUGGGAAUGGUGGGAUUCAGAGCCAUGGGGACAUCCCCAGCACAGAGCCUGGGCAGGGAUGGAUGUGGGGCCUCUGGCACUGCCCUUUGCACCUUGAAAAUGAGAGCUCUCCUGUGUGUCGGUGACAGAGGGGCUUGCACAGCUUCAGUUCACAAUCACAGAGGAGUGAUGGAUUCCCAGGGAGAGCACUGCUCUGCACAGAAAAUGUGUGUUUUCUACUGGAAAUGGCCAAGUCAACCAAAUUUGCAGUCCUGAUAGAAGCCGUAGAAUAAACCCGGAUCCCAUCUGGAUCCACCAGCAAUGUGGUGAGUGCUGCACUCUGGAACCAGUGGAGAGCAGCCAGCAGCACUCUGACACAGCAGCACUAUUCCCAUCCCCAUCACUGAGGGAAAACAGAGAGGGAACAACAGGGAAAAUGCAGAGCUGCUGCUGCUGAAUGCUCCCCUCAUAGGGGUGGUUUCUAAGGGCACUCCAAUACUGUUGGCUGCUUGCUUUGUUUUAACAAGUGGUGAGGAUGCCUCCUGGGCUGUGUGUGAGUCCUGUCUCCUUGUGAGAGGCUGGUCCUGCCUGUUGGGAAGCAGCAGAGAUGCUGUGCACGAUCACUGUGGGAGGACAAAGACUCAGUUUUGAUUAAGGUGGCAAGAAAUCCCUCCUGAGCCAGCUAACCAAAUGAAAUCACUGUUUUCUGGGUAACAAGCUGAACCUGCUUGGGUUCUGUGGCCUGUCGCGUGGUUCAUUACGCCAUGAAGUGGUGCUGGUGCCUUGGAUUGGAUGAAAGGCAGAGCUGAAGCCAUUUGGACAAUUUAGCCCUUGGGCCUUGCUGGAGGGGCACCGCGAGGUCCCUGCUCGCAUCACGUCAGCUCCCGUUAGCAUCAUUAGGUUUAAAACCAGCUCCUGACACAACAGUUUUUCACAGAGCCACAAUCCCCAAAUUAUUACCUGAAAACUGAAGUCUGUAACAGGAAUCAUUUUACAGCAUUUCACGUUAUUAAAAUGUCAGAUCAGCUCCGGAGUGAAAACUGUUUUACACAGUUCGGUGCAGCUGCUCCAUGUGUUCAGUGGAGGACGAGGGAGGGGAUGACCCAGGACCAGUGUCCAGGCUCCUCACCAGGGGGUAUCCAGAGAUCCUUGCCUGUUCCCAGCCUGACAUCCUGGCUGAGCAGAACCUGCCCAUGCAGAGGGGGGUUGGCCCUGGGAAUGCUGCCCCAGCUCAUGGCAUGGCCAGGGCCUGGCAGGCUGCUGGCUGCACAUGACUGCAGCGUGGCACUGUGCAUCACCUCAUGGACAGAGUGGGACUGCCUCAGCCCCCAUGCCCACAUUAACCAGGAACAGUUCUUCUCUGGGCAAGGUCUCCUUGAGCUUGAAGAGCCCCAGGAAGCCCCAUCCCCACCCUGCAGGUCUCCCUGCAUACCCCAUGGUGUGGUCUGGUCCAGGCACUGCCCUGUGUCUCCCUGGGCAGCUCAGGCUGGCUUCUCCUGGGAAGAACCUCUGGUCCCCAGCUGCCAUCAGGCCACUGUCCCUCUUCCUGUCGUGCCCUUCACUUGGAGGGACAGGAGAUCUGAAACCACAUUUUUGUCUGACAACUACAUCCCAAUGAAGCAUCCCAAUAGGAAAGUCACAGCGUGCGGCUGGACCCGGAGCAUCCUGCGCUGGGAUGAAGCACAGUCACA